AUGGCAGGAGCACUCCCCGCGCCGCCCACUCAACGGGGCGCUCACAAAGCAGGCGGCCGGCUAGAGUUUGGGGUGCGCUCCCACUGCGCGGGGCUCCCCGAGGCAGAGCCAUCCGGAGAAAGGCGGCUCGAUAAUGAUGGCUGCCCGGAGCCCGCGGCUCCUUCCCCGGGGCCUCCCACCGGGUGUGCGCCCCCGCCCGCGGCCAUCCCAUGUCACGGCGACAGCCCCGCACCACGGCCACCCUGCGCCCCGCCCGCGCCCCGCGAGCUCAGUCCCCGGUGCGAAGCAAACAAACAACGCGGCCCCGCCGCCCUCCUUCCUCUCCCCACUGACCGCUUGGCCUCCAGCCACCUUGGCCGUUCACGCUCAGAGCCACGGCUCUGCGCGGGGGGCAAGCGCACCCAGGGCACUUCGGGGGCCACCUGGAGACCCCCCCAGGAGCUGACCCUCGGCGGGCGGGGCGCCGGUUGGCUGCGCUGCUCUGGGGGCGAAAGUCUCUAUUAUGCAGACGACGACGACGACGCCAGUCCGGCCAGCUCGGCAAGGUGGGGUCCCCUGCGCGUCGCGCCUCUCGGCCCGCUCCCUUUCUUCUCCUCUGCGCGCACUUGGAGCCACCAGGAGCCCUGGGACUCCCUGCUUGGGCUUUCAACUCCGGCGCCGCCGUGGCCCCAGCUCGAACUAGGACGCUCCUGGGACCGCAUGUUCGUGUCGCCCCCGUCCCACGCGGCAACGCGCGCACCUUCCCCGCUCCGACCCACCUCGCCCGGGCGUCCCCCCGCGGCCAGCGCCGCCGCGCCAGGAGGGAGGCACUUUGUUCGCGCCGGUGCGCAGCGGCCGCCGGCGAACGCGGCGUGGUCGGUCCGGGAGGGGGCGAGGGUCACCGCUCCCGAGCCGCCGCCGCCGCUGCCGCUCAGCCAGCCCGCGCCCGCGCGCCCAUCGCCCGCUCGCCUGGAGUUGGAGCUCAACUUUUCCUUCCUUUUUCUCUCCCAGGGAACCGGCAACUCGUGCUCGGCGCCGGCGGGAGGACACGCGCUCGCGCUUCUCCGCGCGCAGACACGCUCCCUGCGCUCCCCGUGCCCCCCCACACCGGCAGCACAACAAAAAGCAAUUUACAUGCGAGGAAGUGACCCUCGGCCGGACCGCGCGCCCCCGCCGCCUGCGAGCUCAAGCGAAAGUUGGGGCGCCGGGCAGCGCUCGGGCGCGGGUUCGGGGCUCGCGGGCGGCGCUGCGCUCCUGCCGCCCCUGUCGCCCCAGCCCUCCGCACACGCCCAACUCCUCGCUCCCAACUCCGCGCUGGCCCAGCCUCGGCUCCGAGCGGUUUCCUGCCGCCGCCGCCGCCCCUCCUGGGCGCACGGCGAACUCUCGCGCUCACCGGGUCGCUCGGGCUCCUCCACUGCCAGCGCCGAGGAGAAAACAAAACGUAGAGCGAGAUCCGGAGUUGGCUCGGCGGUCGGGGGCUGA